AUGUCGGCACCAUCUCCUUCACCUCGGCCUCUGGCAGCUGUUGAGGAGGCAGCUCCCCGGCUGCCCCGCGGCUCCCUGGCCGCAGUCGGCGAGGGCAACUUCGUGGUAGACGCGGCUCCAUCAGAUCUGAGGUGGGCGCCGCAAACAAUCUCCGUAGUCCUUCCUUGCGCUGAGGAACGAGACCUCGCCUUCAAAACAGUGAAGUCGGUUUUCGAAACGACGCCGGCGGACAUUCUGCAUGAGAUAGUGGUCGUUGAUGAUGGCAGCAAUCCGCCGCUCUCGCAGACGCACCUGAAUGCAGAAGUCCAAGAGAAGUACAAGAUCCUCAUCAAGAGGCACGAGCACACAGUGGGGCUCAUCGGAGCAAAGAAGACUGGAGGGGAUGCCGCCACUGGUGACAUAAUCGUUUUUUUCGACUGCCAUGUUGGUCCACAACCUCGAUGGCAUGAAGACUUCAUGCGGCUCAUUGCCGAGAACUACCGUCGGAUGGUCAUACCUCAGAUUACCGCACUGGAUAUUGACACGUGGACCCAGAUCGGCCGUGGCGGCGGCAUGUCCAAAUGCUAUCUCACGUGGGACGGCGACUUCAAGUGGGGCGGAACUGACGACAUGUACAUGGGGAUGCUGUCCGGUGGCCUGGCUGGCAUGUCGCGCCACUGGUGGGACGAAAGUGGAGGAUAUGACGACAAGAUGCUGGGCUGGGGUGGCGAGAAUAUCGAUCAAGGUGUGCGUAUGUGGGUGUGCGGUGGCGAGAUUGUUGCUGCUCCGAAUUCCCAAGUGGCGCAUAUGUGGCGAACUGGGUCUGCAAAGACGAGCGCCCGCUACAGGCAUGUUGGCGACACAAUCUACAACCGUGCCAGGGCGAUCAACGCAUGGCUGCAGGAGUUUAGCGCCAAGUUGGACGAUUAUCCAACCUUUGCGCAUCGCAAGAGCUCUGGUGGCCCCAACUGGUUUGGGGACAUGACCACCUUCAACAACGUCAAAAAGCGGCUAAACGGCUGCAGACCCUUCGCGUGGUACCUGAAGCGCUUCAAGGUAGUCUAUGAAGAUGCGGGUCUCAUUCCCCCAGAGAUCUUCAUGAUCCGAGAGGAGCAAAGUGGGCUUUGCCUACGUUUCAUGGGUGGAGCAGGGACUAGUGGAUCUGGAUCUGAGGGAGUGAGGCUUGAGAAUUGCGAUUCCAAUAACCACCGCUUCUUCUGGCAUUUGGGGAAUCGCAACAAGAAGACCAAGAAAUGCUGCAGUGGUUUGCGAGCCUGGAACACAGACCAAUGCCUUCAGGGUGGCCAGUCUGGUGGACGCGGUGUGACCGGCAUAUGCGAGCUUUCUGGAACGAACCCAACACAAGCUUGGUCUUUGACCAGUGAUGGCCUCCUGAAGAAGGGAGCCUCCUGCCUGGGACCAGCCAACACCAUGACUCCGGGCUUGAGGGAGGCGCCCUGUGUCUCCUUCCGGAACAAGGGAGGCUCGAGGUUCAGCAAGAUGAGUUCCCAAAUUCCGCUGGAGACCAAGCUGUACAGAAGAGCACAGCAAGAACAUCCGGAGGUCUUCACGCGCCUCAAUGCAGAACUCAAUGUGGACGCUCCCUCAGACAUGCCGAAACGAUGCUUGGAGCCAGGAAGAAACUGCAUCAAGCUCUUCAAGAAGGGUGGCAACCAAUGCCUCGACACUGAAGCGCAGUGGGUGGAGUCGCAGGAUGAUUGUGGCCUCUACAUCUUCGAGAACGAUUCCUUGAAGCAAGCCGAAUCCAUGGCCUGCCUAGAUACCUGGUCUGAUGAUGACGUCAACACCUGGGGUCUCUACGAAUGCCAUGGGGGCAACAAUCAAAAAUUCGUGCAGUCCGAGGGUCAGGUUUUCUGUGCGUUCGUGGACAUCGGCAGCGAGCAAUGCUUUGAGGGCCGCGCAAGGUGA